AUGGUAAGGAAUGUCAAUGGUGAAGUAGUUCAACAAACAUUUCUUUGUCAUAUGGAAGAUGCUAGAGAUGACAUAUACAAUAACUAUGCAGUUAGAAAGCGUGAACAUAAACCAACUAGCAGGUGUGGUUGUUUGGCAAGAAUCCAAGUACAUCUUGGCUUUAACACUAAGCGUUGGUGUGAUACGGUGGGAAGAACUGACUGUUUUUGGAAUGCUGGUUUGCGUUUUGCGUUUGUUUUCGCAAAAUGUCGCGGUAAGCAAGAGUCGCCACCGACUUUUAUUUUAUCCAACAAGGAAAGGAAAAAAGCACAGAAAAAUUCCUUUUUCGAGAUAUCUCUCGGGCUCGGGGGGUAG